AGUUUUUCCUGCUUUGCUAGGCAGCGCUAGCUUUGCGAAAGUAUCUUGCUCUUUUACGCGGAUGCAUAGAGGUGUAAGAUUAUGGAAAAUCCUCCUCUGUCAGAGGCGGCUGCAACCGGUCUCUGGUGGUUACGUGUUCGGAUUAUGCACCGUGGUAAUAUACGAUGCUAGUCAAGAGGAAAACUGACCACGCGAUACGUAUUCAGCGAGGGCCGCGAUUGGAGGUGACAUCGCCGCUUCACGUGUCCUUCACAUUCUCUCUACGUAUGUAUACACACACAAUGCCGAGAGCGGUACUGCAGUGAGCGGAACGGUUCCGCUUGAACCUACGCUAUGGAGACCGGACGUUAAACCCCAAAAGCGUUGUGUCGACGAGUUUCGUUGCUGCGCGCACGUGUUUUGUGCGUCUUCCAGGGCAUAUGGGGCGCAUAUGGACCAGUUACUUGCCUCGCUCUUUUACGAAUUACAGUAUUUCCUUCCAGUCUAGCCGCGUGAACUGCUAGCGAGGCUGUCAUGAGCUUCGUGGUGUUUGGAAAGCGGGCAGGCCGAGCAGUCGCGUGUUUUUUGCACGCCCAUGCCUGUUGCUCUCAUCUGAAGUCGACGGCCCCGGUGUUGUGUGUCGUUCCCAAUCGCCUCACGUCGAAGGACCGUUUUGGUGCAAGGUACAAGUCUUCCAGCAGAAUAGAAGCGCCGCAGUUGGGAGCUCACAAAGCUUUCACCGUUCACCGCACGUUACCUGAACGAGUCGUCCAUGCAGCGCCAGUUAAGUUGCAGCCUUACUUACGACUCAUGCGCUUGGAUAAACCGAUAGGAACGUGGCUCGUGAUGUUGCCAGGUGCUUGGAGCAUCGGAUUAGCGGCCGACUCUGGCUGCCUACCUGAUCUUAAGCUUCUAGCAAUGUAUGCUGCUGGAGCAAUCCUGAUGAGAGGUGCUGGCUGCACUAUAAAUGACAUGUGGGACCGGGACAUAGACAGAAAGGUGGAGCGAACCAAAAAUCGACCUCUUGCAAGUGGUGAACUAUCAAUGUUCGACGCUCUUGUUUUUACUGGUGGCCAGCUUGCUUUGUCCACGCUUAUACUGUUACAGCUAAACUGGUACACUAUAGUCCUUGGGGCAAGUUCUGUCACACUGGUGACAUUGUAUCCCAUUAUGAAGAGGAUAACUUACUGGCCACAAGUCAUGUUGGGCCUCACUAUCAACUGGGGUGCAUUGAUGGGCUGGGCAGCAGUGAAAGGUUCAUGUGAUUGGUCAGCAGUUCUUCCCCUCUAUGUUGCGGCUAUGUCUUGGACACUCAUUUAUGACACAAUCUAUGCGCAUCAGGACAAACAUGACGACGCUGUUAUUGGAAUGAAAUCUACUGCCCUCAAGUUUGGUGACAAGACAAAGAGAUAUCUGUGGAUGUUCUCUGCAAGCAUGGUUAGCAACCUGGUUCUGGCUGGCUUGGCUUCGGGACAGUCCUGGCCUUUUUACCUUGCUGCUGCUGCGACAGGAGCACACCUAGCUCGCCAGAUCCAUACGCUGAACUUGGACGACCCCAAUGACUGCGCCAAAAAGUUUGUUUCUAACCGACAAGUAGGCUAUCUGGUCUUUCUCGGCAUUGUUUGUGGCAGCCUGGUCAAGUGAAGAACUGUUUCUCGGGAAGCAACUCAGAAUU